UAAACUUUUAAUUACCUACUUGUACUUGCUUUGUCCCGCCGUAAACUUUUCACGGUACAUCAGCCUUAACUGAAACCUGAGUGAUUCGAAUCUUAUAACGAACCGAUUAAUUCUUUUCGUCUAAAUGCUAGUACAUAUUUCCAACGUUUUCAAUCAAAAUUACUUAAACAAUAUUUUUCUACCGUCGUGUUUUUUAAUCAGGCAUCGAAGUAACAUUGGACUGACCGAUUUGCAUAUACCUGCGUGACCAAUACUUCCUUGAUAAUUCUUUCAUUAUUUUAAUAGAAAUAAUCAAAAAGCGACAAUCGACAAUGCUACAUAUCAAAUGAUACUUGUAAAAGAUGUACAACUUUUGCAUUCCUUUAUUCCAGUUUAUUAACUUCGCCCAGUAUUCAACGUUAUCCGAAGAGUCUAUUCGUAGAUUCUUUAUCACUGCUAGCUAUUGAGCUACAUAUUGAUCGCGAUCGGUACCGAUGCAAUUUAUCAAUCGAACAGAGAAUUCUUUCCUCUUCGUUUUCGUACAUCAUUCAUCCAUUCGUUAUCUAUCUAUGUCUGUCCGAUAAAAAUUUCAAGCAUUUUUAAUUAUUUAGAUCCAUUAAGUUAUAACGGCAAAGUGUUUUUAUUAUGAACAGCCAGGGCAACAGCAGCUGCGAAAGAUCGUUGAAAAAUAUUUUUAGUAACGGUGAAUAUUAAAUGCGGUGGAAAAUGUUUACAGCGAAUUAAUUUACCGUAAUGAGAUUAUGUAGACCUUUUUGUACGAAAAGAUCGUGCAUGCUCUAGUAACUCGGUUUAUCCUGCGUCGUUCCGGACUUCCGCGCUUGUUAAAUCGAUCUCGCCAUAAAUAAAAUCUGUACAGCGCGGAAAAAUUAUUUGACUGCGGUAGAAUGUACAUAUAUAUAUCAAGGAUAGUAGCAGAAGACGAAUACGGAGACAAAUAGAUACGGGUCAAUAGACUAUCAAAGGAGGAUAAGCGUGGGCGAGCGGUAAAUAGGGUUGCAGGCACAUGGCCGGAAACUCUUUCCGCUGGCUCUGGUCGUGGAUCUCAAUGGUGAUCCUGCCCGGCUAUUUGCUUCCUUUGAAUAGCGAACAAAUUCCAUGCGUUUCUUACGUACCGACUACAACCGAAGCCAACGAUGAUCAAUUUCAAACGGAAAUAAUGGUGUUUUUGAGAGAAUACUGCGACGACAUUGAGACGAAUUCGACGGAUAUCCAAGAUUACUUGGAUCGAUCUAACUUCGACGUACAAAUUACCAUUAUACCCUCCUCUCAAUCCUGCGAAACAAGAACCUGGGGUCUCGAUGCCUUGUUACGAGUACUUGGACAAAGAAGGGUGAAAGCUUUGGUAGCCGCGCUUGAUUCGCCAAUGUGCGAAGUUACUGUUAAACUUGCACGCCUCUGGAACAUACCACUUUUCACAUGGACCUGUCCCUUAACAGAUUUGGAAGAAAGAGAAUUCUCGUCCGUCGUCAGAUUAUCUCCCUCCUUACCAAUGAUAGCGAAAGCCUUAGCAGAGAUGCUGAUUCAUUUACAAUGGAAGAGUGUAAUGGUAAUAGGAACAGAUCGAGAACCAUGGUUAAGUCUAGAGAGAGUUCUCUUGAAUUCUCUUCGAAGCAUAGGAAGUGUAUUGCGGUAUCGCGCAAUAAUACCGUACAGAGCAUCGUUUCAAGAGAUUCGGCAAAUUCUUCGUCCUGCUUACAACAUCUCUCGUAGAGUUACCAUAUUAUGCCUUCCCACGUCUGAGGAGAACGAUCUGACGUCUCGUGUUCUCAUCGAGCUGGACAUCGCGCAGCAGUCUUCCAAUUCCGUAUGGAACUCCAUGAUCAUGAUCGUACACACCGUCGACGAUGAUCUCUUUCUACCGAACACUAAUUCGUCGGCUUACAGCCUCGAUUCCACCACGUCCGUUACGUUUUCCGACUUAUUAUCCUGGAAUUUUUCAACAUUGAACGCGUCGCACGAACAAUUGAGCGUUGAUAGUCGCGAGCAAGUGGGUGAACAAGAGAAUCAACAACAUGACGAGGAAGAAGAAUAUAAAGAAGAAAGAGGAGAGGAGGAAGAAGAGGAAGAAGAGGAAGAGGAACAGGAACAUCAACAACAACCGCAACGACGAAGACGACGACGUCGAAGGAGGCGACGACGACUGUUACAGCAGAAAUUACAAACUUCGGAGAACGAACAAAACGAUGAACGUCGAUUCUUUCCGCCAAAGAAUUUAAGCUCUGCUUUCCUAGAAAGAUUACUGACAAUCACGCCACUCGAUUAUAGAUACGAUGUAGAGAAAUUGUACGAGGGCGUACAAGAGUACAUGGUACCGACGCUGAUGGAUCGUCUGAACGAAACUCUCAACAUCUUACUAUACGACGACAAUUCCAGUAUAAAUGCCUUCAAUAACAAAAUUUAUACGUAUGUUUUGCUGGAUUGGCGCAACGAUGUUUGGAAGCCCAUCAUGAUCACUAUCGAGAGACGAGAAAAGUUAUCCGUCAGGAGAUUAUCUACUAACGCCGUAGCGUUUCGCGAUACGACGGAUACCGAUCUUUUCAAGUGUAACGUAGACGGCAAUGUGUACGCCAUUUUCGAUUGCACGGAGGAUACUUCGGACGAAUCAGCCUUUCGUAUCGCGCACAUCGUGAGCAUCGUUUUGGGAUCGAUGUUGCUUACCGUGGUCGCGAUAUUGGCAGCUCUUCUAAUUAGGAAAAGGCUGGUUACGAGACGGAUGUCGAAAGGGCCGUACAAGAUCAUAUUAACCACGUCGGAUUUCGUAUUUCCUCAAGUGGCUCCUCAGCUGGAUGCUAGAAGGGUGGACGAGAGCAUCGAAACGAUGCUGUGCUGUUGGUUGCAACAACUUCAAGAAUUCGGUGGUCCCGACGUGGAGAAGCCGGAUCUCCUCCAAUUGGGAAGCGUGUCCUCGUUGAAACCAUGCUUGAAGACAAGCACCGGGAACCUCAGUCGUCACGGUUUCUUCAAAGACCCGCGUGCCAGAUACAACGGUGAUUUGGUACAACUAAAAGAACUGCCAGGUCAGGGAACGUUUGAAUUAAAGAGCAAGGCUAUGGACGUGCUGGUGAUGAUCCACGGAUUGCGUCACGAAAAUCUGAAUCCCCUGAUAGGAUGUUUGAACGAGCCGACGAGGCCUUGUCUCGUCUACGAGUACUGUUCGAGGGGAUCGUUGGAAGAUGUGUUGGUGCAGGAUGAGAUCAAGCUCGAUUGGUCUUUCAGAUUGUCCUUACUCACCGAUCUUGUGCGAGGUAUGAGAUAUCUUCAUGGAACGCCAGUGCGAGUACACGGUUAUUUAACUUCGCGAAACUGUGUGAUCGACGCUCGUUGGGUUCUCAAAGUGACCGAUUACGGAUUACCCGCUUUCUACGAAGCGCAGAACAUUGUUCCUCCGGCAAAAACCGCUCGAGAUCUGUUAUGGACGGCACCCGAGUUGUUAAGGCAACCGAAUGUACGAAAAAGGGGAACUCAACCUGGAGAUGUUUACAGUUUUGGCAUUAUCAUGCAGGAAGUGGUAGUUCGUGGAGAACCGUUCUGCAUGCUUUCUCUCUCCCCGGAAGAGAUAAUCGAAAAAGUAAUGAAACCACCACCGUUGAUCAGACCUUCGGUAAGCAAAGGCGCCGCGCCUCCCGAAGCGAUACACAUUAUGCGUCAAUGUUGGGCAGAAGCGGCCGAUAUGAGACCCGAUUUCGACGACGUUCACGAUCUUUUCAAGAAACUCAACCAUGGAAGAAAAGUCAAUUUUGUCGAUACGAUGUUUCAAAUGUUGGAGAAGUACUCGAACAAUCUGGAGGAACUUAUACGCGAACGUACGGAACAGUUGGACAUGGAAAAGAAGAAAACGGAACAGUUAUUGAAUCGAAUGUUACCGAGUUCCGUUGCUGAAAAAUUGAAACUGGGCAUGCCUGUCGAUCCUGAGGAAUUUCGAGAAGUGACGAUUUAUUUUUCGGACAUUGUUGGUUUCACCACCAUUUCCGCGCAUUCCACCCCGUUUCAAGUGGUCGAUCUUCUAAACGAUCUUUAUACCUGUUUCGAUGCAACCAUUAACGCGUACACUGUGUACAAGGUCGAAACUAUUGGAGACGCUUACAUGGUCGUAGGUGGCUGUCCGGUAAGAAUACCUGAUCAUGCUGCACAGAUAGCUACGAUGGCGCUCGAUUUACUUCAUCAGAGUGGAAAGUUCAAAGUGAAACACCUGCCAAAUACUCAACUGAGACUCCGAAUUGGCCUUCACACCGGUCCGUGUUGUGCCGGUGUGGUUGGCUUAACGAUGCCAAGAUAUUGCUUGUUCGGUGAUACCGUGAACACCGCGUCCAGAAUGGAAUCAACCGGUGCACCCUGGCGUAUACACUUGAGUCAAGCGACCAGAGAUCGACUCACCCAGGUGGGCGGAUAUCACAUUGAAUAUCGUGGCUCAACGGAAGUGAAAGGCAAAGGAAGGAUGCCUACUUAUUGGUUGCUAGGAAAGCAAGGUUUCGAUAAGGAACUUCCAACGCCGCCAAUUUUCGGGGAAAACAAUAGGCUAAACGAGAGUCUGAUAUUGGAGGAUCUGACGACUAAUGAUGAAACGAGCGCGCCACAGGCAGAGGCGAAGGAAAGAAUCGACGGGAAAUCGGACAGUGGUGAGAUAGGUGCUAACGCGAACAAGAAUAACGAGGAUGACACGAGAACGCGUAACGUUGCAGUAUCCAUCGAGGAUGAUAAAGCUAGCGGUCCAAAUUCUUCUGGAAAAUCACCGACAAAUAUCUCCACCGUUUCGUUGAAAGAUAAGUCGAACGAAAGAGGAACCGGUAACGUGGAUUCGAGUAACGUAACGAAAAACACCUCCGGCGAUAAUCAAGCGUCUCUUGGAGCAUCCAGCAUAUUUUAUACGGACACGACGGUUCUUGGCGCGUCUACCACUUCCCUCGCAUCGAUUUCAAGCUCAGCCACGAACCCCUACAGGCCAGCACCUCCGAGACAUCGAAGAAUAACUGGCUACAUCGACGAGAAUGACUUAAGCACCCCGUAUAAUCAUUACAGAUGCCUUUCUCCCAACGAACAGUAUGGGAGAAGUACAGGGUGUCGUUUCUUGAAAAGACAGUUCAGUUUGGAUCGGCCUGAUGAUGCUGUUUGCGCUAGCUUCAUCGAGCAAACCAGUUACCAUCAGCAACAACGACAACAGCAGCAACAAAAUCUGAACACACCUAGACUGUAUAAACAAAACAGCGCUGGCGCGGCAAACGAUUUGGAACGCAUCGAAGAAGUUCCUUCAACCCCGGCUCCUCUCUUGCAACAUUAUAGACAGGCAGCUUCGGUAUCCCUCUCUGUAGAAUCUUUGACGUUACGUUAAGAGCAUUCAGAUCGAUCACCAUUAAGAUUCAAUGUCGCUGAAACAAGACAAUCGUCAUGUAUCGAAAAAUCGUGAACAUUUCGUGACAAGCAUCGAAUCGCUCUGUUUUGCAAGACGAGCAGGAACUCGUUGCAAAAAUCCAUCGAUGCGAAAACGAUAUGUAUGUUUAUUUUUCGUCUGUCCAUCACCGUUUCUCUACAAUUUUUCAGUCGUGGAUCGACAAUUGGACAAAAUGAAAAUUCAGAGGGAAAAAGUUUACACUCGUUAUCGCGGAUGACAAUCUCUAUUACGUACAAACGUUUGUGGGUAUAUCAAUUUUUUUUAUUAUUUCAAUUCUUUAUUUCUUAUUAUUCAAACGACUCGAAUAAUUACUCUUAUGUUUAUUUCUAUACAAAUCUGCUGUGAAAGGAAUUUUUGAUACAUCUAUGAUUUUAAGUUAUGUCUUUCUCUCUUUUUUUUCUUGUUUCUUUUACUUAGUUUUUCUUAUUGGUAAGUACAACCAUACCAUCACGUUCGAAUCGUAGACAAUAAUUCGAUAUCUCAUCAUGAAGGGGAACACGAUUUUCUUGGUUUUUUCCGCGUUUCCCCUCGUCCUACAAUUACGCGAAUUCUAUGAAUAUAUCGAAAUUAAUGAUAAGAAUAUUAGUUGAUAUCGCAUACCAUGCAUAAAAUAUAUGGCAAAUGAAUUCCAACAGGGCACACGCGAACGUGUCUCGUGUGAUCAUGCAAUAAUUUAUGUUAAUUAUAUAUGAAUAAGUGUAUAUAAUCACGGAAUAUGUACACGAAUGGACAAAUUUGUGUGGGAAAAUUUUCAAUAAGUUCGUUUGUUUCUGACGAGAUCAUGGUAUUAAAUUGAACGUCCUGUUAAUAAAUUAUACCGACAUUGACAAAGCUUCUUACCGUGAAAAUAAAUGAGAAAAAGAAAAAAA